AUGUCUCAUAAGAGUGGGAAAACAGUGAAAACGAAGAAGGACUUAAAACAGUCCAGAGCAGUGUCCAAAAAGCACUGCUCUUGCCUUUCGAAGAUAAAGUGUUACGUAUCCUGUAUUCUUCUGGUUUACUUGUUAUAUCAUGUCUUUUACAAAUGUCCAGAGCAGAGAAGUUUGCAACUAUAUGAUGAUCAGGAUUUUAUUUGCAAGUCUUCAAACAAGUUAUAUUCAUACGUUUCGCCAGUUUUUGGGCCUGUUGCUGACAAAGUUUCCUCACACUAUCAUGACUCCCGUUUGCAGGGUUAUGUAGAGACUGCAGAUCAAUUUGUUUCUUCCAAUUACAGAAUUUAUAUCAAGCCUGCAGUUGAGAAGUAUGGUCCAGUUAUAAAGGAAAAAUCAUAUGAUUUGUACAAAUUUACCUUGGAGAAGGCAUUUGCCUUCUGGAUUUUGUCCAGGGAUAUCACGAUUAAAGUCGGAACUUUUGUGAUCGAAAAAUCGACAGCUAUUUACAAUUGUACGAGGGAUUUCUGGGUGAACACUGGAUACCCGAAAGUUUCGGCAUUUGUCAAUUAUGUGACAAGCAAGAUACUUUAUUUAUUGCAAAAGAUCGGUGUUAAAAUAUACGUUGAGUACAAUGUGUAUGUUGCACCAAAGUUGAAUCAACUGGUAGCUGCAAUUCCAGAUACUUUUGUUGGAAAGAUAUUCAUUAAGAUCAAGCAAAGUGCUGUUGUUGGGUUUAUUGCUAGUUUCUUCUUGUUCAUUAACGAGAAGUUAUCCUGGAUUUACGAAAAGUUGUCGGAUGUCUUUGUUGAAUUUAAUAAGAAAGAAAACAUAUUUAAGUCAUCGGAUCAUUACAAAUUCUUGGAGAAGAAGUGUGAGUUUUUACGGAGUGAACUCGGAAACAAGUUCUUUUCUCCAGGAUUUAAGAUUCCAAGCUACAAAGAUUUGAAGAUUUUUCAGAAUAUGAAAUCAGAUUCUGUGAGUAGAGUGAAUGAAAUUAGUGCAUUAAGUUCGGCUAUUUCUACAGUGGCAACUACAAUUACGGCAACGGUUACUAGUCUUUCCAAGUCCACUUCAAGCAAUCAGCUCACAUUGGUUAAUACAGCCAUCGAUUCUUCCUACUCUUCUUCACUCUCGAUUUCUUCAGAUCUCUCAGAUGCUUUGAUUCAACCAUCUGAGACUGGAAUUGCUACUGCAAUUGCCACUUCAGAAAAAUAUGAAAAGCUCUCUAGUUCUGUCAUAAAAGAGGCGGAGGAGGAUGCACAUUCCCAACUUGAUGAUUUAGUUUCCAACUACUCUCAAAUCAUUAGGAAAUCUGUGAAAGCCGACAUGCAAAGCUUAAGUCAAAUAGUUACGUCCGGACACCCUGAGAUAUACGAGCAGCUACAUAGUAUUAACAAAUAUGCUAAAGGCGAAAAGGGCUAUGUUUCGAGACAGGAUUACCGGGAUGUACUUGCCAAGGCUGCCUCGCAAAUUCAGGAGCAUGCUGACAAUAUAUUGGCUAUUUUAAAGAAGACAGAAGAAUCAUAUAGCAAUGAUUCAUUGGAGAUCAAAAAUAGUGUUCUUGAGACGCUUGCUGAAUUUAGUGAGUCCACUUUAACGGUUUAUUCCAAUGAAAUAGUGAAGAAGGAUGAUGACUGGAAGGAAUGGAAGAAAUACAAUGACAUGAAAAAGAAUCUCUUCAAGGCCAGGAAUAGUAUUUCAAACAUGAAACCGGAUGGUGAGCAGAAGUUAUUUGAUGACGUCACUAAAACGGUGAGUAUUCUUUUGAAUGAAGGACAGAGUUAUAUGGCAAUCAUGCGUGCCAAGGGAAAUAUUGAAUUUCAGGACAGAGAGCAUAAGGAGAGAAUGGCUCAAGAAAUCGAAAGCAAGAAAGCCUCGUCCGAUGUUGUUAUAAAUGGUGACUCUAAAAUUACCAACAUGACCUCUAGUCAGGAAGAUAUUAUUAGUUCAAAAGAUGCCACACCGUUAUCAUCAACUACCCGGAAGGUCGAAUCUAGCCCAGAUGUUGAAGAUGGCGAAGAGUAUGAGAACAGGAAGAUAACCGUCACGAAAUAUAAAGUAAUCUCUGCAAAGACUGUUCAUACGAGUGGCGAUGUUAAGAGCUUGCAACAUAGCACAGCCAGCUUAAAGUCGAGUACGGAGUCAAAGGCUGAUCUAACCGUUGCGACUACUGUUAAUGCCAGCUUUAGUACACAUAAAGCGUUGAAUGAUUCCACACUAGAGAAGAAAAAUAAGAUCAUUGCUUCCGAGAUAACUAAGAAGGUUGAGAACGUUGACGGCGAGGACGAGAGCGAAGCUGAUGAAGAAGACAGUAAAAUCACUGUCAACAUAUGA